AUGUUCGCGGCGGCCACCAAGAACUUUGUGAAGCAGGUGGGGGACACGGGGCGGCUGGUCCCCGUGCCGAGUCUCAGCGAGGCGGACCGUUAUCAGCCCCUCGGCCUGGUCACCAGGAAGAGGAGGAGGCAUUUCUGGAAGAAGACCAAGUACGCCUCGACGCCCUUCUCGCUGAAAGACAUUCUCGUGGGCGAAACGGAGAUUACUGCAGGAGUCUCAUCUUACCAGCUCCUCAACUAUGAAGACAAGUCAGACGUGACCCUCAAUGGGCGUCUGGGCAACCAUCUGAUCCACGAAGUGGGUGUCAACAUCAGCGGUUCUGACUCGGUGGCGGUCAAAGCUUCCUUUGGCAUCGUGACCAAACACGAGGUGGAGGUUCCCACCUUACUGAGGGAGCUGAACGCGAGGAAAGUGGACCUGGACCACUGUCUGAUCCGCCAGUCAAAGGACAGUGGGCGGACUGUGCUGUGUGUCGUCAUGGAGAGCAUUCGCACCACACGACAGUGUUCUCUUAGCGUCCACGCUGGUGUGCGUGGAACUACCAUGAGGUUUCAGAUAGACGUCGGCCGUAACCCUAAAGGCCAGGACAAAGCCAUCGUUAUUCCAGCUCACACGACCAUAGCUUUCAGCAUAUGUGACCUCUACGUCCGACUUGACGGACGUCUGGAGAUCUGUGUAGCACCGGAGUCAGCGGGAGGCUUUGAGCGGGAGCAGAUCCGAGAACAGCUGGGAGGAAUCGUAGGCAGGUUCUCUGUUGGCAGACUGCGAAGGUUCCUGUCAGGAAUCAUUUACGGCAACCCCUUUAGAGCAGACGACCGCACUUUUGAGGAGCUCACCCACUCCGACGCGUACAUGGACGACACGGCCGACUACUACGAGAGGGCAGCCAGCAUGACAGACGUGUCCACGUCUUACCUUCGUGAGGAGAAGCACACGCGGGUCAACCUGCUAAACCACAACAUCCCCAAAGGGCUCUGCGCGCUGUGCGGGAUGGGCCACCAGCGCCGGGAGACCGUCUACGGAUGCCUGGAGUGUUCCUCAGGCGGAAACAAGUACGUGCGUCUGCACGCCGUGCCCUGUUUCGACCUGUGGCACAAGAGCAUGCGGUGACCUCACUGUGUGGAGGUGGGCUCAUAGGCCCAGUGCAAGGAUACUGAUUGGGCCAUGUUUUGGCACUGAAGUUGAUUGUCGUCAGGGAAAAAAGUGGAAAACAUUCAGGUGAAUUCUAGCACCAGGGUUAACCUGAUGUGAGUGCUGAUGUGAUGCGAGUUUCUGACUGGUUUAAUAGUCGUGUCAUGCAGCAAGAACAAAAAUUGCAAUGUACAUAUAUAGAGACACAAGAAAAGUAAUUAUAUUUUGAAAUAUGCAUCAGGACAGAUUUCUUGGAGGUAUUAGAAGGUAGGCCUAUUGUUCUUGGCCUGAAAAAAGGUUGCUAACAGGGAUUCAUGAUUUACAUUUACUUCAGGACAAUCACAUCUGAGAUUUCUUUAUUAAAUGUAUCUGUGAAAGUAACAGCCAUUUAUAAAGGGAACAGAGGUGUUACUUGAGCGUUUGGAAUAAAAAAAAAAAAUCUGAAAUUUUUUAAAAGGUUGGAAAAUUGGAAGAUUUGUGAAUUUGUUUACACACCAUCUGCAAAGUCCAGAUCUUUCAUAUCUCUGUGGUGCUUGGUGUUUUGUUUACAUUUCAGCUAUGAAGUCGUUCUUUCUUAGAAUAUGAAUUGGGGGUGUUUUGGCACCAAGAUAUCACUGGCAGGACAGCGGGAUGGCUUGCACAUAUCCUCUUACUUUUAACAUGAGCACCAGCUGCUGACUCUCUCUCUCUCACACACACUCACACACAAAGGUACUUGAAUAAUUAAGGGUUGUAAUAAAUAAUUAAGCAAUGGAUCAUGUGAUGGCAGGACAGGAAGUGAAUUCCGUCCCAUCUCAGGUGAGAAUUGGUAUGAGGUUUUUUUUUCCAGUUGGUAAUCUAGGCUAGCUUCCACCACACUUAACAGUAGCAACCUUUCUGAAACAUUUGCACUAUGAACAUUUCUAGUUGGGUCAUUCCCAACUUUCCUAGGCUUCCUAGUUCAUGUCAUGGAUUUUCAUGAAAUAUAGCUUUUGUCUGAGUGUUGUCCCUUCAAUGCAUCCCCUUUUCCCACUUGCUUCUCUGCUUCAAUAAAAUUUCACUUUGUAAUAUUUAAUAUUUCACAUUCCUCUGGCUUUGUCCACCAAAUGCUCGUUUACAGAAUUGUAUUAAAGGGGGUGUAAUAGAACAUCUUUAUUAAGCCCCUUAAAAUGUUUAAGGGAAAUUAAGUUUGUCCUUCUGGGGAAAGGAUACAGUCAAAAUAUCUUAAAAAGUGGGUAUUUCAGUUCCAAAGCUAUUUAGCCAGAUAGGUGGUACUCAAUUUUUAAUGCAGCACUAAAUAACUUAUAGAUGUGAUAAUACAAUUCUAACACUAAUUUGUUUGCAAGAAAAUAGAAACUAGAGAUUAAUUUUUUAAAUGUACAUUUUACAUGAUAAAAAAUGGCAUUCAUUUGAUUACUGUAAAACAUUCAGUAACAUUUACAUGCAUUCAUUCAGCAAAUUAUCCUUAGGGAGUUUCUUGCAUGUGGAAAAUGGACAAUCUUAGAAUAAACUUACAAAUAACUGAUGAGUGAUCAUUUAGUUGUGAGGGCCAAACGUCAAAACUCCAUAACGUUGUAGUAGACCUAUUCUGUAGGGUCUCAUGAACUUAGAAGUUUGCUUUACUUUUUUCAAGAAAAUACAUGACAACUGGGAGCUGAGUCAGCAUGGAAUGACCCAUUUUCUCUGACUGGAAAGAUUUUAACAGCUUAAAUUGAGUCCUGCCUGAAAUAUUCUCCUUUACUUUUCAGCAGUGGUGUUUUUGCAUCCCGUGUCAAGGUUUUAAGGAAUUGUUUAAAAAAAAAAUGUAAUAUUAAUAAAGGCUCCAGUUGCCUCGUGUGUGGAAUUCUUCUACAUUGACUUGUGCCACACAGGGACCUACUACAGGAGAUCUGGAGUUAGCCUGGAGUUAGCACAUAAAGACAAGAAUUUCCACAAUAUUUUCACUCCUUAAGACUGAAGUCCGUUCAUCAGAAAUAUCCAUUUUGUUCUUCUCACCACCCUUAAACUGUUAUCCAGCUAACUGCUUCCACAAGCAAAAUUUCCCCACUGUACAAUUAUGAAGUGUAAUAGCGGCACCUGUCGGCAAAAGUCUAUUAUCACAGUGCAAAUAUUAUAUCUUCACAAACCACCUUAGCCUAUAAAUACCCAUUUAUAGUAUUUCUGACUAUUUCGGCAGAUAGCUUAUUUCAAGAUAAAAUACUUAAAACCAGAAAACCGAAAUAUUCCAUAAGAGAAUUUCCAUAUCAGCCAAGAUAAUGAAAAUUUGACUUCAUAAAACUUAACAAGUAAAAAACAAAACAGCCAUCUACAAAUAACUUCUGUAACCUUAAUAUCCUUACAAAUUACAAAUAUCAAAAUGAGGUACUAGAUAUUUACACUAGACGCAUGUUGGUUUAAAUUGCAAAUACAUCUUUUCUGGGGAGUGCACAUCUAACAUUAAUAGAAAAGUCCUAACCAGGCCAAAAAUAAAGACAGAAAAAAAACCUACCUUUUCCAGUUUAUUACUUAAAAAAAUAAAAUUACCAACAUUUUGCAAUGAAUGCCAAACCAGCACACAAACUGCAGACCUGGACAUCAUCUUAGCUGUCUGUAGAAAUGCACAACUAAUUAACCCUACACGGGGCCCCUCAUUGCAGUCUUUCCACUCUUACAACCCGUCAUGACAGAUGAACAAGGUAUUAAUACUCAAGCUCCAAAAAAA